AUGUGUGUCGAGAAUUCAACGCUCUCUGCCGGCACGUACUGGUCCCAAUUCGAGGAGGUUUCCAAGUACAAUGCCCACCUGAACGUCCCCGAGCGCCUGUGGGCCGCCUGGUACGCAUGGAUGCAGAACGAUGUCCUGGCUACCGGCAUCAUGUCCUUCGUCAUGCAUGAGGUAGUGUACUUUGGCCGCUCCUUGCCGUGGAUCUUCAUCGACAGCCUGGGUCUGUUCAAGGGGUACAAGAUUCAGAAUAACAAAAUCCCGUCGUUGCGCGAGCAGUGGGAAUGCGCUAGAUUUGUGCUCUUAAGUCACUUUACGGUCGAGUUGCCCCAGAUCUGGCUCUUUCAUCCCAUGGCCCAAUAUUUCGGUCUCUCCACGACCGUCCCAUUCCCGUCCAUCUGGACCAUGGCGUACCAGAUCGCAGUUUUCUUCGUUAUGGAGGAUACCUGGCACUAUUUCUCUCACCGCGCUCUUCAUUGGGGUCCCCUAUACAAAGCCAUCCACAAGAUACACCACCAGUAUUCGGCACCCUUCGGUCUGGCGGCGGAGUACGCAUCUCCGAUUGAGGUCAUGAUCCUUGGCUUCGGCUCCGUGGGCUGCCCGAUCCUCUGGUGUGCACUCACCGGCGAUUUACACGUCAUGACUAUGUAUAUCUGGAUUGUCCUGCGCUUGUUCCAGGCCAUUGAUGCUCACAGCGGUUAUGAAUUCCCCUGGAGUCUGCACCACUUCUUGCCAUUCUGGGCGGGUGCCGACCAUCAUGACCUGCACCACGAGAAGUUCGUCGGCAACUUCUCGAGCAGCUUCCGGUGGUGGGAUUAUCUGCUGGACACGGAAUAUACCCCGGAUGCGCUCAAGCGGCGCCGGGAGAACAAGGCCAAGUCUUCAACGAAGGCUCAAUAA